CUUUGCAGGCUGUCACACUGUUUAGUCACAGAUGAAGGAUGUGCUUCUCUGGCCUCAGCUCUGGAGUCAAACCCCUCACAUCUGAGAGAGCUGGACCUGAGCUACAAUCACCCAGGAGACUCGGGAGUCAGACUGCUCUCUGCUGGACUGGAGGAUCCACAAUGCAGGCUGGAGAAACUCAACGUGGAACAUGGAGGAGAGUACACAAUGAAACCUGGGCUCAGAAAAUAUGUCUGUGAUCUCACACUUGACCCAAACACAGUAAACAGACUCCUCUCUCUGUCUGAGGAGAACAGAAAGGUGACAUGUAGGAGAGAGGAGCAGCCGUAUCCUGAUCACCCAGAGAGAUUUGAGAAUUGGAGACAGGUGCUGUGUAGAGAGGGUCUGACUGGGCGCUGUUACUGGGAGGUAGAGUGGAAUGGGAGUGGGGCUGGAUUCGGAGUGACAUAUAAAGGAAUCAGCAGGAAAGGAGGGGGUAAUGACCUUGGGCUUGGAUACAAUGUCAAGUCCUGGAGUCUGGUCUGCUAUGAUAACAGUUACAUGGCCAGGCACAAUGAUAAACCCACUACCAUAGACGUCCCCUCCUCCGGCUCCCACAGAGUAGGAGUGUAUCUGGACUGGCCAGCCGGCACUCUGUCCUUCUAUAGAGCCUCCUCUGACACACUGACCCACCUGUACACUUUCACCUCCACAUUCACUGAGCCCCUCUAUCCAGGGUUUAAUGUUUCGUAUGACUCCUCAGUGUCUCUGUGUCAGGUGGUCACAACAUGACGUUUCGCUCUAAUCAUGUGUUUUAUGUUUGAUCAGACAUUUAAAUUCAUGGUGUAACACACACACACCAGUUUGAGACAAUUUAUUCCUGUUAAUAAUAACCACUCUGUGUAGGUAUCUUUGUGAUCCGCGUCUUGUGAGAAUGGUUCAGACCGUUCUUACUCACACUGGACACACACACACACACACACACACACACACACACACACACACACACACACACACACACACACACACACACUGGACACAACCCUGACGUCCUCACACCGUCUCACUGUCCAUGUCUGCUUUUAGCUCCCACCUUUAAUUCACUGUGUUAUAAUGGACCUUGUGCUUGUUAUGUCACCUCUGUAACCAGCUAUCAAACAUACUGACCUUUCUGACCCUGUCCCAUGGCCCUACUUUCUAGAACUAAACAUUUAAAGUCCUCUGAGUUUUGUUUAGUGUCCACUGACUUAUUGAUUGAUGUAUUUGUUGUAUAUUGGGGUUGUGCCCCAGAGCACACAUUUGUAUGUGUUGAGAUGAUCACUUUCCAGAUAAAUGGUUGAACUGA